AUGCAACUUAAGCCCCUGGAGGCCAAAGACACUGUGGGCAUAGCGGCCACGAUGGAUGCCACAGCAGAGGCUGCGCAUGCUGAUAGGAGCACCGUGGUUCCUGCUGCCUCCCCGCAUCAGCGUCCCUUAAAGAGGCUCGCAUGGCGAUCUUUUCGAGCUGCCAUGAUUGCGGCCGUGUCCGUCAUUCUAAGCUCUGGGGAGGCAAGGGAGGCAGGGAUAGAUGGUGAGGGUGCCGCUAAAGUACUGACAGUCGAACUCUCCCGGGCAGCACCCGCCGCAGCGAUCCUCAACCUAGCGGGCAAGGAGGUGGACGGGUCGAUUUUCAAUUACUUCCACAUGGCAGCAACAUUGAGUCGAUUGGCCAAGUUCAGCCAGCGGCGACAGCUCAGCCCAAGUGACGUGGCGAGCCCCGUGUGGCCAAGAUUGAUGACCCGACUGCGUUCUAUGCUCAAGAACGGCGUGCUCCCGGCCAGGGCUACAGCACAGGUGGAAGGGUAUGAUGAGCAUUUGUUGCUGGAGCUCAUGAGGUACACGCGGAAGGAGGCAGGUGCGAUGGAUGCACAGAGUCUCUCAAAUUGCUUGUUGACACUGGCCAAGUCCGGAGAUGCAAUGCCAGAUAUGCACGCUACUGUGGAGUCCAUUGCAGAGCGCAUGCCGCACGUAGUGCAUGACAUGAUUCCACAGCAUUUGUCAAACAGCUUGUGGGCCGCUGCUGCCCUGCAAGAUAUCGCGUCACAUGUGCUGAUGGCAGUGCCAGCCAUUGCAGAGCAAAUACCGCGCAAGGCAGGAGGCAUGAUUCCUCAACAUUUGUCAAACAGCCUUUGGGCGGCUGCGAAGCUGCAAGAGGCCGCGCCAUCUGUGCUGACAGCCGUGCCAGCAAUGACAGAGCGCAUACCGCUCAAGGCGGCAGAAAUGAAUGCUCAAGAACUGUCGAACAGCCUCUGGGCAGCUGCGAAGUUGCAAGAUUCGGCACCGCAGGUCCGGCUGGCUGUGCCUGCUAUUGCGGAAUGCGUGCCGCGAAAGUUGAGGGACUUCAAUACUCAGGGUUUGUCAAACAGCUUAUGGGCAGCUGCGAAGUUGAAGAAAGCGGCACCAGAAGUCCUUGCGACUGUGCCAGCACUUGUGGCCCAGAUUCCUUCCGUCACUUCAGCCAUGGUGCCGGCAGCGUUGCAGAUGUCCUUAUGGGCUGCCGCAGAGCUUGGAGAGGACGACCUGGCCGCCCAGCUUCGGAGGAAGCGCGCCCGGCAGAAGCAUUGA